AUGGAUACUGCUGGCUGGCAGGACUCUGGGUCUUUGGGGUGUGAUGCAAAUCAAGUGAGGGAAGGAGAAAAGUCCCCUGGAUCCCUGCAGGAUGAAUUUAUUCAAAAAGGAAAUAAUGGAAAAAUAUUCAAUGUGCAAGAGUCUUGUGAAGAAAAUGAAGGAAAACCACAAAAUGUGCCAAACGCUGAGGAAGGCCGCCCUUUGGAAGAUGUACCACAGGAGGCAGAAGGAAACCCUCAACCUUCCCAAGAAGGUGUGAGCCAGGAAGCAGAAGGAAACCUCAGACACGGGCUGACUCAACCUGUCCAGGGAUUUAAAGAGGACAGUCCCAGUCCCAUCGGGUACCUGGACCCUGAAGAAAUGCUAAGGGGAGCUGAGGAGUUGGAAAGGCUCAGGGAAGCAAGUAGAAGAGCAAGAAACAAGUUUGUGAUGAUGCACUGGAAGCAAAGACAUUCAUGCAGACGUCCUUACCCUGUGCGCUUGGGGCGGGGAUUUUUUUUUUUUUAAUCUGACAGUAAAAUCUGUUCCCUGCUUUCUUUCCAUUAGCAUUUUCUGAUGUAUGUUUUACUUUGAGUCAUCUGGUGGAAUUUUGGUUUUGGUAGUUUCCUCGUUACAAGGAUCUUACUGGACUGUAUCUUGACCCGUUCCCCUGUCUAUUCAGUUGGGAAGUUUCACACAAAUGCGCGGAAAUAUGUUAAUUCCAUAUUGUCAAGUAAAACAUAACAAGUUACAGAGCAGCACAUUUAGUAUCAGCUCACAUGUAUAGGAUAAAAAUCCCAAAUUGGGUGUGUGUGUGUGUGUGUGUGUGUGUAUAAAUACCUAUGUACAUGCAUACAUCAAAAACUUAACUGUGCGUGUUUCUGUGUAGUGUGGAUUUUCUUUUUUAAUGAACAGGUGUCAUAGACAGAAUGAAAAUUUUUUUAGUAAGUAAGAGAAUCAAACAAUUUGCAACCAGCUUAUAAGGGCAGUGGGGGCACCUACACUCUUAAUGAAAUAAUUGUUAAAAUAUUAAAUCACCUCAAAUCCUCUGGAUCUCUUAGCCAGAGGAGUACAACUGGCAAUUAUUACAAAAAAAAGGAAAAGUCUCACUCACCCUACUCAGGCCAGAGUACACACUGACCCCAAGGAGUCCCUCCUCCAAAGAGAAUAAACACACCCCUUGGAGGCCCCUCGGGGCACAAAGGCUGCAGGUCGGAGCAAGGGUGGGGGCUGACCCCAGGAGGCAUGCUACCAAUGGGUGCUGGCUUGAGGCACAAGCCUACCCUUAUUUUCUAGGCCAGGGUUUUAUCUCUUCCCAGCACCAGCCUCCUUGGGGAACAGAGAACCGGAGCAAGCCCAGGGGCUUCCCUGUUCUCCCCAGCAGGGGCAACAUCUGAAAGGAUGCCUAAUAGCCAUGUGGGGCCUGCCCACAGUGGACACUCCGAGGGUUCCUUCUCACCAGGUCCUCUGCUCCUGUAGAACAGCCUGUCUUCUGCCCCGGAACAGUGAGGGGUGAUGUAAUCCGUGACAGGAACAGGGUGACCACUGGGCAGGAGGGAGACAGUCAGCACUAGGCAUCAGUCCCAAAGCUGGCCCUGGAUGAAGGCAGCACCAGGCCCAGUGCUCUAUGGCCCUGCUCUUCAGGACUCGCUAUAACCUGGCUACAUGCCACAAGUCCCACUCCACGUCCCAGUUCCUCCCAUAUCACUCAGUUCGGAGCACGGGCCCAGGGGCCAGCGGGCUAGGUCCUGACCCCUUCCCCAACCCUUGCUGAGCCACAGCUUUCCCAUCUGUGAAACGGGAGCGAUCACAGAGUCCAUUGCAUAGGUGGCAGAAGGGGUAGUGAGGUUGACCUGCGUUCGGGACAGAGCACAGUACUUGGCUCCUCAGAGGCGCUCAGUAGAAGGUAAUAGUGACUUCUCUUGUGGUUUUAACACCUACCACCCACGUGUGAGACACUCGCCCUGCCUGCCCCUGUGUUUACCUCACUCUAGAAAUAGAAUGCCUGUGGGACCACGCUGGACAAAACCAGAUUUUGAAGAGGUUUUAAACACCACUUGGUUCAAGUUUCUUGGUUGACCAGCAGAGAGGCCAGAACAGGUUAGAAGUAGCACAAGGUUCCUGGUGGCUCAGGGAGCUGGCUCUCAUGGCUGAAACUCUUGCUGCACAACCACAGGAUGGCACCCAACACUCUGUCUUUGUCACCUUAUUUCUCUUCAUUGUCUUCAUUGUAGAGGACAGAGUGUGGCAGACAUUUCUAAUUACCCAUGAAUAUCUAUUUUCUUCUCCUUCCUAACAGAUCCUCUAGGUUUUAACUGAAUACAUGGCCACCCCACUAGAGAUAAUAUUCCCAGACUCCCUUGCAACAAGUGUCAGACUCACAUAAUCAAGUUCUGGACAGUGAGUAGUGACUGGAGGUAAUAUGUGUAGUCCCACUGUGACCUUCCUCUCCCCCCUUUGCAGUCUCUGAGUCCCUGGCGUGGUGACAGGCAGCCUUCUUGGUGCACAUGCAAGACAUCCUAAUGGAUGACAGAGAAAAACCCUGGGUGACCCCUUGGUGGAGGGCACCCAUUUCCUUGACUGCCUACCAUCUUAAAUUGUUUCAGGAGAAAAAAAAAAUCAAUCCCACAAACACCUUUUAAAGUCAUUGUUAUUUCAACUUCUGUUAAAGUGGCUGAACCAAUAUCCUUAACAGAACUGGACACUAAC